UCAGCGUGCACCAAAGUCAAAGGGCCCAAGUAAACACAAUCACCUAACUAUAACUAACCUUCAGUUACCUGAUUAAUAACGAAGUCACAAUCUUGGGCGGAGAGAGCUCUGCGCCUUUUCAUUCAGCUGCGCCUACUUACCUUGUCUUUACCAAGAAAGCCUUUUGGAUUCUCGCUUUUGAAACAAUAUGAGAAAUGAGAUGGAUGUGGACAGAAUUGAGGAAGAUCAGGACCGAUGGGUCGCCGCCCUCGAUGAGAACAAUGUCGCCUUACUUCAUUUAUCGGGACGGUGACCGGUGUUCCAUCUUCCAACCGCGCCUGCAUGGCUCUUUCAAUGUCUGUUUCUCUGCUGAGUUUGAUUCACCCUUGGAACGAUGGGCCAUCCGAAUUCCCAUCCCAGCCACGCUUCCAGGGCCAUGCUUGACGAAAGACGGAGAUCGAAGUAGCCACAAUGCGGUAUGUGUCGGCCAAAUCAACCAUUCCCAUUCCCAAAGUCCAUGCCUACGCAUUUUCAUCCACGGGGCUGAACGGCCUGCGCUACACCAUCAUGGACUACCUCGACGGCCGCAGCCUGAGGGACCUGAAGUUCCAGUCCAGCGAGAUCUUUGGCCUUAUCAACUUUGCCUGGGCACACCAGACCCCGACGGGGUAGCACCUCUAUCGACAGCUGGUAGACGUCUACGUCCAGCUUCGCCAGCUAGAGUUUCCCCGAAUCGGAUCCCUGGGAUUCCCCUCUUGGGAACGGGAAGCAUCGGUCUUGACUUGCAACCCUGAAGAUAUCUUUGUUUGCAAUCUGCCGCUCUCGAUAGACAUGGCUACGCAGGAACUCGACGGCUUGGAGCCCGGCCUGAUUUUUCCAUCCAAGACAACCUUAUCCACAGCCAAGGACUACGUUGACGGCCUGCUCUUGUUGGCCGAUAAUAAACUAGAGAAAGAGCCCGACCAGGGAAUGGACGAGAAGGAACCCGCAUCGAUUCUGUACGCCGCUCAACAUUUCAGACGCUUCGUCCAGGAUGAGUGGCUGGGUCCUUCGGCGAAUCAAGGGCUGUUUGUACUGAGUAUAAGCCCACCC